CGUGCUUUGACUUGCCUACAAAGGAGCGUUUCCUGCUCCUGACAUGCGUCUGCCACCGCAGCAACGCGCAAAUAUCGCAAGCAACAGCCACUGAUACUAUUGGGCGUGCUGAUGUCGUGCAUCGCUCACCAUCUUGCUCUGGAACGCGGAUUCUUUAUGAAUGAGCAGCGCAUGUUUACAAGUGAACCACAUAACCACUGAAUUGCAUAGGGCACAUCACUAUCCUCCAUGCCCAUUUUAGCUGCAGCCACUUCAAACCUUCCUCCUCCACCACCGCCCCUGUCACUUCCUCCCAAAGUGGUCGGUCCUGUCCGCUAUUUUCUGUCCGUUACAGUCUCCAAGCUCGUAUGGACCAACCCACCCUCACCAGAGCGAAGCAGCACUGCUUCCUUGCCGCGAGUUCGAUUACAUUGGUGGGGCGAGGACGGACCUGGUACAAUAUUUUCUCCGCAAAGCGUUGGAGGUCGCACGCGCAUGUCUCCUUCCAAGCCAUCUUCCUCAAUUCCGGUCCCUCCAAUAAGAGCAAAGACGUGGUCAAGUCCGGUCACGACCACAUCCUCUCCGGGACGAAAUACUGUACAUUAUCCCGUCCGAUGUUCCAAGCGGCAGUUACGUGCUUACUUUCGGGAUAUGGGGUCGCUGCUGUUACUGGUGAUUGUUCAUGAUAGGGUGGCCGCUGAAGUCAAAGUCCACGAUCUUUCCAUUUUAGUUGAUGAACCCUCCAGACCUAUCAACGGAUUCUUUCCCGUGGUGGAGAAGAGUCCAAGUAACAGCGAUUUCUUCACAGACAAAGGGCAGCCACGUAAACUGGGCGAGUUGCAUCUGGCGAUGAUGCUUGAAACGGCGCUACCCAACUAUGACGGCAGUGGGCAAGUAAAACUGAAUCGCCAUUAUACCCAGGCUCCACACGGAAUCUUUGACCUGGGAAACGAGCAGGACGACAGCUCGCUGCUUCAGCACCAACCACGUGAACCACCGGGCCCACCAACGGAUCGGAAUCAUCCUGAAAAUACCUUUUUGUCGCGAAGCACUGAGACGACUGGAUCAUCAGUUCUACCCGAACCACCAUUAUUGUUAAAACACCUUGAUGAAGCAGAAGCAGAGGUUAUUGAUGACUCGCAUCGGGCUUCGGUUAAUAUCGAAACAUUACGGGUGGUGUCGCCAAGAGACGAUAGCGGAGAGGUGAAAGGUAUGGAUGCGAAAAGAGAGAUUCGACCACCUGGCCAGAGCGAAGGACGUAGCUUAACGUCAUCGCGCAGCAUUCCUAUACAUGAGAAAGAGGUUAUUGAACCACAAACAUCCACUGGUGGCAACCCUGAAACCCCGUUAAAUAUGGUUGAUCCAACAAAUAUACCUAAAUCUCCAAAUGCAAAUGAAGCGGAUGUUCUCCGGGCGCUAGGAGAUGAAUUAGAUGACGCUGAUAACCUAGAUACUAUAUCAGCCGAAGUGGCCGGCCUGUUGGCGGACGAUGACGGUCUGCUUUCACACAGUAUUGGCAUCGAAGAGUCUGAAUCCGAUCUUUUUGAUGACGAUCUCAUUAUUGAAGCCCUCAACUCAGCCAGUGGGAAGAGUUUCAUUGAACGAAGGGCACGAGAAUCGUCUAGUGAACAUGUGCACGACGGUAAUCUGGAUACGAGGACCCGGACGGAGGAGAGGUUUAGCAGCGAUUCAGAGGAUGAAGUCUCUGAUAUGAGUGACGAUGAGCGCAAACGAAGGGCUUUAUUUGAUAGGAAUUGGAAGAACCAGUCGAGAAAAUCUGCAGUACCAAUGGGCGGCGGCAACCAUGUCCAGAACGAUCUGUCGGUGAAUAAGCUGACAUCGCUUGGACGUGUCGAUUAUGUGGAGAUCACAAUUCGAGGCCUAGAAUUGGUGCCUGACGUAUUGCCGCAUGCAUCAGCUACAUAUUUUGUUGAGUACCGGCUUCCGGGAACGGGCACUGAUACAACCGUAAAGGCUUCCAGUAAAACUGUUCCGCGUCUAACUGUAUCUCGCAAUGCAAGUCGACGGUCCUUGGUUGAGUCAGAUGAUCCGCCUAUGUAUGUCCUGGAAUUUGAUCAUCAGGAACGUUUUCCAUAUACCUUCAAUUCCACCACAGUUGAAUUGUGGAAUAUGCAGGACAUCGAGGUCCAGGUUGUAGCGGAGAGAAAAUCAUUCUUUGCACCUGCGAGUCGGAACGGGACAGUGCCACAUCAGAAACUUUGGACGGCUGCUGGUAUUCUCAAGUGUGAUGAUGUACUGAACGCUACCAAUUUUACGUGGAGCGGAAGAAUACCUGUAUGGUCAAGUGAAACAGGUGGUGUUGGAGGCAAACGCAAGCCUAUGAUACCGAAUAUCGGGAAACGUCGGUCAAGCCAACGAGAUCAUCGUCAUCUAAUUGGAUAUCUGAUUAUGAAGGUUCAAUUGGCUAGUGAUCGGGUCACAUUAUCAAAACCUGAUGCGAGACCAACCUAUACCUCAGCUUUUCAUGGUCGAAAUCCGGAGAAGCCGGAUGAUGAAAUGGAGCCAGUUCAAGACUCUGAACCGCGCUUGAUUCAUGAUGGUGAAUCGCAGCUACCACCUGUCACGCCAUAUUAUCUUCAUCUUCAUAUAUCUACAGCCCGGUCACUAUCCAUUUUACCAACUUUCGAAGGCAACAGCACGCUUCUCUAUCUCGUGAUUCGGUUGUUCUCUGCCACCACUCCUCCGAUUGAGACCCCUCCCAUCUCAUACAGUCCACCUUUUGAUCUCACCAACGGACGCUUGAAUUCCCCUCCCAACUUUGCGUUCUCAUACACACUACCGCUGGCAGUGACGCAGGAGUUUAUUGACUCGCACCGAGAGACGCCACUAAUCGUAGAGGUAUGGGUGAUUGACGGUGACAGCCUAAAGUCCUCAUCGAUGCUCAAUGCACGUAACGCACUUGCUGACCAUACGGAUAGAGGAGCAAAGCUGUUAGGCUUGAUGCGAUUGCCAUUUCAUCAUUUACUUGGCACAAUGGCUGCCACCUUGCAGCAAAACCAAGGCGCAUCAUUUUCGGGGCAAGACAUGCCUGUCAUGAUACCCGAAGCAGAGUACGUGGUAACGGAUCCCUUCAGCGGCACUGCUAAAGGCUGGAUCAGGUCAUUUCUGGCGUUGGGUAAUUGGGAUCAAAUUAGACGAGUUCGAAAAGUAUCGCGUGCUUCCGAAAUCGCUGAUGACGAGGAUCUCUCGGAAGUACAGAUGGCUCGGAAACGGCAAGCGGGUCGUGGACAAGAUAGUCGGCGGUCGAGGAGAAGAGACGCUGCCAGGGUGCGACCACGACAUGUCACUGUAGAGACUGAUUCUCCAGAUUCGCCUACCAUCACUGCUGAGGACGUGUCACGGAAUGACAUACCGACAGAGUGCCAGAUUGAGAUCAGCAUCCAUCGGGCGUGUGGGUUACGGGCACUUGUCAGGCGACUCAUAGCUGCUCAAAGUAGCAAAUAUAUACAGGAAUACACUCCACUGGAUUUCGCAAAAGAAAUCGGGCCCAACUCAUACGUGCGCUUUCACCCAUUUCCGGAGAGUGUACAAGUAAUCACAAACCAAAAUUCAAAUGAGGAUGAAGGUUUUGACGGUGAUGCUAUUAUUAUCUCACCAAUUGUGGCCCAGACGUUUACACCGGAAUAUGAACACACUGCUACGUUGACCAUCCGGGGAGUUGACACAAAUCUUCUCCGAUGGAUUAGAAAGGGUGGGGAGGCUCGGGGUGAGAUUUGGCAUCACGUCCCUGGGGAGGUCACGGAUCAAGAGGAUGGGGAAGAUUUCUUGCUAGGAACCUUCAGCCUGCCACUCGGCGCUCUGCUCAGUCGACCUAAUGGAAUAGAUGGGACCUGGGUACCAGUGAGGUUUGAAAGAAGUGACCCAGGAAAGGUCGAAGCGGCUAUCAAGCUGUCAAUGCGGUUUCGCACAGGAUUUGAGUUCGGCCAUGUUGUAGAAGGGGUGGAUGCGACGCGUGGUCUUGGAUGGUGGUCCCGUUUGAAGGUUGGCGUGUCGAAGCUGCAAUUGCAUCUGAAUCACCUAGAUGUUGUCAAACACUACUUGCAGCAGAAGGGAAACCUCACCGAAACGCAAGCGGGACGUCAACUUUAUGUUCGAUGGAAAUAUCCGGUACCUACAGAAGAUGAACAAGGCCUGCGCAUUGAGGAGGAGGAAUCGCCCGCAGUACCCAGUAAAAGUCCUGUUCAUCCAGAUCGCUUAACAACUGUCGAGAUGUCAUAUAGCAAAAGUGUCGACAUCGAGAUGACGCAAGCGGUUAUCCGAUGGUUCCGGGAACGAGAAUUGAACAUGGAAGUUAGGCAAAGGGGGGAAGAAGGCGAAGGCGACACGUUGAUCGGGACUGCCUACAUUGACCUGCACGAUCUGGUGAGCAAGGCUCGCCACUCUCAGCGGAGGCGAGGGCGACAGAUGACACGCACGAAAAGCGAAGCCGAGUGGCUGGUGGAAGGAUCAUUUCCAUUGAUCAAUCCGAAAAGUCCGGAUCUCAUGGGCGCCUCGGUCACCGUGCGAAUUUCAAUGUCACCAGUGUCCCCAUCCAAAGUCCGGGAUCCACCACCCAUCUCGAGGUCUUCUGCACAACUUCCAUCCAGCCAAGGAAUCGGUCGCUCCCCUCCAGGCCGCAUGACAGAUCUAGGAGCACGAGGCCAAUUGUCUCCGGGUGGCGCGCAACAUCAAUCACCAGGAAUUCCUGUUGAGAUCACCGUGGAACGAGCUCUUCACUUGCCACUGAUGGCUGAUCCCUUUGCUGAAUAUCUCGCCUCGCCUUUUGUUUCCCAAAACGAGAAACAAACCGUCUUACCAAAUGCCUAUGUGACCUUCGACUGGUCAGGAAGCGACAAGCAGGAAGACUUAUCUGGUCAAACACUGCGGACCCAUGUUGCCACUGCCCAGAGGUCUCCAACUUGGAACGUCACAGUUUCAGUGUCCCAAGAGCGCUCUGAAAAGGCUCUCAAAAUGCUGAAAUAUGAGAAAGCUAUCAUUUUCAAAGUAUGGCAUGCACCCAAUGUCAAUGUUAGUCGCCAACAUGCUGGGCGAGAUAAGCCAGAGAUUAACGAUGAGACGCGAUCUGAGCUACUUGGUACAGCACGCGUUGACCUGGGGAGUCUCUUUGGAGGAUUGAAGGAGAUCAAUGGAUGGUAUCAUAUCUUGGACGGAAGAGGAGUGUCGAAAGGGCAGUUAUUGAUCAAGGUACACCCACUGGAAAAUGUAGGAGCCGUGCUUAGAGAGCUCACGGGGUAUCAGGAGAAGAGACAUUCCUCGAGGAGCAUCAAGGCUACUGGUCGAAGGCCUCUAGAGGCUGCAUGUGGUAAAGCAGUAGAUGACGUUACGCCAGCUGGUAUCGCCACUUCUGUUCGGCAAAUCCCAACAGGCGAAAGCAUUGGUGCGUAUGCUGGACUAUGCUCCUCUUCACUUGACUCGACGGCUGUGACCAACCCGCAGAGCGUUGAUACCUGGGUCUGGACAGGGCAUAAGUGGGAGCAUAGACAAGUCGAAGUGCGGGCCGUUGAUGUUGCGGAGGGAGCCCAAGGCAAUGAUCGCGCCAAGAUGUCACCCAGUAAAAGCAGGAAUGCGUCUGAGGAAAGAAGUGAAGGGAACUUACGAAGCAGUUUACAAAAGACCAUGGAAGAAUUGGAGGAGCUUAACCAAAAGCUGAAAGAGAAGACCGGUGGCACUGACUUGACGGAAAUGAUACAACAGAACGACGUUGAAAGAGAGGUAGCAGAUUUCGAGCCGGAUCGAAGCUUGCCUGCAGAUGAGGGAAGUACUGCAAGCCCAAGUUGGAAGGCACACCCAAGAUUUGAACGCAAUGAAACACCCACCCAUCCAGCAUCCGCAAAGUCAGGGUACCAAUCAGGCAAUUCCUCGACUGCAUGUCGAGGUCCGGAUCCAUCGAAAGCGCAAGCCCUGGCCACUGACGUCCCAUUCAGCGAUACCGCUUCUUUCCGACUCGAAGAGAAAGAGGAAUUCCGAUUGACCUAUUUGACUACACCUUCCAAGGAAGUAUCCAGGCCAAUUGAAGUCAUUGCGCAGAGCCACAUUCAUUCGCCCGAAAAGGCACAACUGGUGCAAGAAGAGACUAGCAGCCGUAGGGAUAUAACGAACCAGCAGCCAGUGAUGCUGGAAGAAGCUGACAUUGCUCAAGAGAAAAGCGUUCAUGAACAGGACGAAUCUGAGCCUAAUAAGUCUGUGCAUGUCUCACAGCAGACUGUAGAGGGCAAUCAGGCAAACGACGCAUGCUCUGGAUCUGUUGAGGCUUCUGCAGUCGGUGACACUACUAAAGUGCUGCCAAGUGAUGGAGGUACAACGAUAGCAGAUAUUGGCUAUGAGCAGGUGCCAGAUUCGCAGGUCACAACGCUGGCCUGGACCACAUUAGCAAAGCGGCUGGACGCAGUAGAAGCUGCAGCCAGUCAGGAUGAUUAUGAGGAUGACUUUGAUAUGCUCGAUACCGCCGAGGCGGACGUCAAUGCAGAGGACGGGAAGUAUGAUGAGACUAUCGCUGUCGACGAGCAGCUAGCGAAUAGCAUUGUGACAUCAACAGUGUCUGAGAAUGACCAUGAGGACAUCAAGGUCCGUCUGCCGAAGAAAGACGAUGCCGCGGAUGAAUACCAGUCGCCGUCUUUGCUUCCACCGGAUCUGCGGGUUCACCAACGGGCAAGUCUUGGGAGGGAUGAAGAAAAGGAGAAUAUUGAUAUGGUACCCGAUGAAGAUAAUAAUGAAACAGACGACGAUGACAUCUACAGUAUUCUUGCAUACCGCCGCAUGGCGGCAGCUGCAGCAGCUGUUGGAGUCUCAAAAGCGUCAUCAUCGGUAUCGCGCGGUCGGACAAUUGUGGCAUCAGCUUUGGAGGAAGCAGCACAAAAGCCGCCACGACUACCCGCGUCGGCGCGAAGUUCGAAAACAUAUGAUCCGUUUGGUGUACGAAACAGAGAAACUCGAAUAAGCUGGAAGGCCGCUGUGGAUUCUGACACCAGUAUGGAUGCGGAGGGUAGUGCAACGUGGACUCGAGGUGAACAUCGGAGGGUUGAGCACGAGGGCGGGGAAACACGGAAUUGGAGAGCAGUGCUAGGCGGGAAGACUGGGGCGGUUGAUAAGGCACGGAUCGACACCAUGGAGAAGAUUUUUUGGGCGGGGAAGGAAAGGCGGCUCAGUGAGUGACGGCGGACACUGUUUAUAGAAGCGAACGAGACCCUUGCAUAGUUUGGGUGGUUAGGAUGGGCCGUCUACAACUCAUUUGUAUUUGAUGUAGAGAACCUUGCAUAAGUCUUUUGUAUUUACACACAGCGCAUUGCGUUCAUUAUGAUCAGGCAAGAUGAGCCUGGAAAUAGCUAAUAUACGGAAUCAUCACCACAAUA